AUGGUCCUCAGCGCAAAUCGCAGGCCGAACAGCACCAGCUCCGUCACAUUCAACUUCACCACGGCCAGCAACCCAAACGGCCGGCAACCUUUCACCCAAGAAUGGACGUGGCUUGUGAACAUCACUGACGUUUCGACUUCAGACUUCGAAAAUCCGACCGACAUUACCGGAGGCGGAAACCUAGAGAACGCAACCGAUCCACACUUCACCAACGCGGUGUACGAUUUUCAGUGGCCAGGAGGUGAAGACUUGAAUACAUACUUGGCCACAGCAAUGGACAAUGCCACAGGUGUCGGAGGCCAGCUGUGUUAUGCGACGUUGGACCUGAAGGGCUUGCCGAUGAAUGUCUCGAGCAGAUAG